GUACAAUAGUGAGUCAAGGUGAUUGUAAAAAUCCUUUAGAUUCAAAAAUUGAAAAAUAUGCAUAUAAAGAAAAAGUUAAAAAUCAUAAAGCUCAAAGGAUUAUAGAAGAUGAUAGAGAUACUUUGGCAAAAUGGCUAUAUACUAAUGCAAA